GGCCAUUUUGCCCCUCUUGCCUAAAAUGGUGCAGUGGGUGACGUGAAUUCCCCGCCGAGCGACACAAGUUUGCAACUGCCGAGCUUUGAGAAGAACCAGUCGGGAGGGCACCAUGUCAUCACUGCUAAGGGGAUACAUGUAGGUUAGCCUCCACUGGCCUUCCACUCGUUAAGAUCCUAACUUCCCAACCCAAAACCCUCAUCGCCCAACCACCAACACACACAUCCAAAAACCCCACUCAUCCAACCCUCCAAAUCCACCAUCCACCAUGCCCCCCCCACCGCGCUGGCCACCCCCCUACAAAGCCGCCAUCUCCUUCACCAUGGACAACCUCGGCGAAGCGCAAGACAUGCUCAAGGGCACCUGGGCAGGCCCCGUCGGCACGCACCCCGCCGUGACCGACCAGCUGCCGCGCAUGCUGGCGCUGCUGGACGAGCACCGCGUGCGCGCCACCUACUUCGCCGAGGCCUGGAGCCUGGGCGUGUACCCGGACGCCGUGCAGGCCCUGGCCCGCGCGGGCCACGAGGUCGCGUGGCAUGGGUUUCAGCAUGAGGUCUGGGGUGGGCUGGGUGAGGAGCAGGAAAGGGAGAGCUUUGAGAGGAGUUGGGAGGCGGCGGAGGCGCAGGGGGUGCGGUAUGUGGGGUUUAGGCCGCCUGGGGGUGUGGUGAAUGAACGGAGUUGGGGGUUGUUGAGGGAGCGGGGGGUGGAGUAUGUUUCGCCGUUGGGAGAGUUUGGGAUGGGAAGGGAAGGGGUGGUGGUGUUGCCGUUUGAGUGGAGGGCGGUGGAUGCGUUUUGGUAUAUGGAGAAGUUUGGUGGGAUUCGGAAAGAGUAUGGGGAGAGGGAGAUAUUGCUGAGUCCUGGAGAGUUUAAAGGGUGGUUGAUGCGCGAGAUUGAUGAGACUGUCAAGACGGGUGGUUUCAUGUCCAUAUUGUUCCAUCCGUUCCUGCAGACAAGUGAAGAGAAGUUUGAGGUGAUGAAGGCGGUCUUGAAGAGGAUCAGUGAGGAUGGGGAAAUAUGGGUUGCGCCGUGCAAGGAGGUUGCAGAGUGGGUGAAGGGACACCCCGAAGGUUUUUAGGCCAAAUAUACAAUGUGAAGACAAGUAAUGGAUUGUAUCUCAGAACACGGGGCUUUGACAGACCGAGGUAUUCUCUAGAUCAUUUUAUGCUGUUGGGAACGAAUAACAUCACGUAUCUUAGGGGGCCAUAACCC